GUAUACAUAAUACUCCUUCUGCCUCCUAUUUCUCCCAGAAGAACCUUGUGAGAUGAGUUGGGCUGAGAGAGAGCAUGAGUGGCCCAAAACUACCCAUCCAAAUUUCAUGUGUAAGGCAGAAUUAGAACUCAUAAGACUCCUGUUUUCUAGCCUGGUGCCUUAACCACUAGCUCUCCAGUUAAAUUUACAUUAAUUUGAAUCAUUGAAAUCAGAAAAAAGGAGUUCUUUAUAAUGUUUUGGGGGGCAUUAGAAACUGUGAAGCAUUGCUUAGUAUAUUUAUUAUAUAUUAUCAGUCUAUUCUUUUUUUCUGCACUUAUGAUUAUUUUUUCAGGCUUCCAAGGGCAAAUAGAUAAAUGUUUUAAGAGCCUGCUUGCUCACCAUUACAGGGGGAAAGUAGCAUUAUGUUUUGUUUUGUUUUGUUUGGGAUAUAAAUAAAAUUUAAAAACACAUGAAGCUGGUUUGUUUUUCUCCCUUCUUCCACAUCUUACUUUUUGUUCCAUGUACCAUAUUUAGAGUAAACAGUAUGACUCACAGAAAGUAGCUCUUUGAAGUUCAUUUGUCACUUGAAAAAAAUACAAACAAAAAGGACAAUUAACAAUAUAUAUAUUAAAAAUUGCAUUAGUUGAAUACAUUAUCCGAAUCCCUUUUUUCCUCUUGGUGUGGUAGCCUUUUAUUUACACGUAUCUCAGUUUUAAGCUAUAAAUUAAACCUUGAUUUUCUAGCACACGUACUUCUGGUUCCCAUUCUGUUUCCGUGCAGAAUACAUCAUCUUGAAAAAUAUCAAAACUGAUUUUCAUACAAAUUGUCAUUGGUUGUCCAAUUCGUGACCCGACAAAUGCGCGCCCGACAAAACCGUGGCGAGAAAACCGCGAUGUUGAAAUUGCGCCCACAACAGCGGUCUGACAAAACCGCAGCCACAAAAGCACGAUUACGGUUAAGGAGACUCUGAAAUGCAACAUGUGAAUUCAUAAAGCCUAUUCGAAAACCAUGGCUUGGACACAGUUUCUUUCCAGGAGUCCUUAUUUUCUGAAAUCUUUAACAGCGCCCAGUUUGGGAAGAAUAUGGAAGAUUCCUAUAUGUUCUUGGAAUAAUUAUUUAAGAAAGGUCUCCUUUCACGGUGGCAAAUCUGUUUCUACUAAAAUAGUUCUGGGAAUAGAAACCAGCUGUGAUGAUACAGGAGCUGCUGUGGUAGAUGAAACUGGUAGCAUUUUAGGAGAAGCAUUACAUUCUCAAACUGAUGUUCAUUUAAAAACAGGUGGCAUUAUUCCUCCAGUAGCACAGCAGCUUCACCAAGAAAAUAUCGCAAGGGUAGUACAACAUGCAGUCUCAGCCAGUGGUGUCAGCAUGGAGGAUAUCUCGGCUGUUGCAACAACUGUGAUGCCAGGACUUGCGUUGUGCCUUGGAAUUGGAUUGAAAUACAGUUUAGAACUGGUGAAGAAGCAUCAGAAACCUUUUAUCCCUAUCCAUCAUAUGGAAGCACAUGCGCUCACCGUCCGACUGACGGAUCACGUCACAUUUCCUUUUCUUGUCCUUUUACUCUCGGGGGGUCAUUGUAUACUGGCAGUAGCACAAGGAGUUUCAGAUUUUCUUCUCCUUGGACAAACAAAGGACAUCGCACCAGGGGACAUGCUUGACAAGGUAGCUAGAAGUCUUUCUUUACAUAAUCAUCCAGAGUGCUCUGGCAUGACUGGUGGGAGAGCAAUUGAAACCUUGGCUCAGCAGGGUGACAUUCUGCGAUACAAAUUCACAAUCCCCAUGCAGCGAUACCGUGAUUGCACCUUCUCUUUUGGUGGUCUGCGAAGCCAAAUCACUAGAAAGAUUUCAAAAGAAGAAAAAGCAGAAGGCCUUCAGGAAGGGCGACACCUCUCCUGUCUUCCGGACAUUGCUGCGGCAGCCCUGUAUACCAUGACUGUUCACAUUGUUGAGCGAACCCACCGGGCUAUUCUCUUCUGCAAAGAGAAAGGAAUCAUACCCCCAGGGAAAGAAACUUUGGUAGUUUCAGGAGGUGUCGCAAGUAACCAAUAUGUCCGUAGAUCUCUGCAACGUCUAGCAGAUGCUACUAAUUUCACAUUGGUUUGUCCACCUCCAAAGCUUUGCACUGACAAUGGUGUUAUGAUUGCAUGGUAA